AUGACAAAAGUACAGGAGCGUCUUGCUGUACUCAGCUUGAAUAUCUUCUGUCGUCCUGAAGGUAUUCACAGUGGUCAAUGGCUCAAGACUGGCGACUAUAAAGAUCUACGGGUGGCACUACUUCUUCGAAAGAUGGUCAACUUUGACGUGGUCAUUCUUCAGGAGAUGUUUGAAGCUGGUCCAAGACAGAAACACUUUGUACGCGACGCUCACGCCAUGGGCUUUUGCUAUCAUUGUGGCUCCGUGUGGCCACGACUCUUGGACUCUCGUCUAAUUGACGGAGGACUGCUGAUUCUCAGUCGCUACCCGAUUGUCGAGCGUGAUCAACUUGCGUACUCACAGGGCUCUGGGAGCGACGGGAUCUGUGCCAAAGGUGUCAUCUACGCUCGUAUCCAGCUAUCACCGGACUUGUCCGAUUCACUGCAUGUGUUCACUACUCACACUCAGUCAGGCGACAAUUACAAAGAGUACAACAUUCGUCUUGCUCAGCUUCAGGAGAUGCACCGAUUCAUUGCGAGAACAAUCCGUAAUGAUUCUGGAGUGCCUAUCCUCAUCACGGGCGAUUUCAAUUUAGAUGCACGUCAUAAUCUUGUCCAUGACAAACAAACUGGAGCAGUGAUAUCAACGCGCUGUAAGGAGAGUGAUGUAUAUCAGCAACUUGUAGCAGAUUUUGAGCGUGUUGUACGUGAGGCGAGGAUGAAAGUGGCAGGGGAGACGGGAAAUGUUGCUGAUGCGGACAGUACAGCAGGGUCGUUGAUUAUUGACCUCAUGAAGCGAUGUGAUGCUACGAAACUAGGCGAUGAGAUUCACCCGAUCACUAAUGGUGAUGGCCACUCUUUGCUCGUACACAAGGGGGACCCACUUUCACUUAAGAAAGAUGGCAAGUGCAUCGACUACAUGUUUUUCUUCCCGGGUGUUAACGACGAGAUGGCAAAGGCGGCAUCGACGACGCCUAGCACCUUUACCAGCAGUGACAGUACCAAAUGUAACGAAGUAAGCGACGAAGACCGCGACAGUUGUGAGUCUACAGUAUCACCACGCUUUCAAUUGACUCUAGUGGACAAGGGUACGACCGUGGACCAUUGCUCCGUGAAAGAGCUUACGGAUGACAGCAAGUCCGAGAAGAGUGACCCUCUUCGUCAACGUCAACAGCAGCUACCGAUCACACAUCUGUCCGACCACUACGGGUUGCGAGCCUUGUUUUCCUUGGAGAUCACAAGCGUGAAGCAUCCAAAUGGUCGACUAAUUGGGAGAAGUGAGUCGCUCUCGUCAGUUUUGCAGCUUUACUUUCCACAGCAAGCCUUUGUACAACGACCUCAACGUCUUUGGAAGUGGAAGCUUGCAUUCGCGCUGCUCUCAAUUGUUACUGCUGCAGGAGGUGUCACUUUCGCUGUCGUAGACACCAUGCUGAAGGUUGUAUUUAGCUAA